AUGGGCGCCCACUCUGCAGUCUGGCAAGGCUACGUCGACUCGAGCCUGAUGGGCUCCGGUCAAUUCGACAAGGCCGGUAUUCUUGCCGCGGACUUCUCUGGCCUUGAGGCCCAGUCCCCUACCUUCACGCUCACCCAGGAUGACAUUAACUCCCUGGCUGUUGCGUUCACAAACCCCGACGACGCCUUCGCUAAGGGCUUCUCCAUCGGUGGUGAGAAGUUCGUCGCUAUCAAGGCCGAUGCUCGCUCCCUAUACGGCAAGAAGGGUAAGGAGGGCGCUAUUGUUGUCCGUGCCUCCUCUUGUACCAUGAUCGCCCACCACGGCGAGAACGUUCAGACUACCAACGCUGCUACCGUUGUCGAGAACCUUGUUGACUACCUUAACAAGGCCUAA